UAUGGCGGUCAAGUGACGAGAAAGAAGAGUGCCUUUGAAAAGACCUUGAAAUUCAAGACUUAACUUCAACUUUAUGGCGAUCGCUUUAGCGAAUAUGAUCCUCUAAUAAUCACCAAUAAGGCUGUAUCAGUUUAUGCUUUAGAUGAUCUAUUAGAACUAUAAAAACAGAUUGAGUUUGAGAGGCAUUUUGUGAAAUUCGUUCUCAAUCUUUCUCAUGGCGGAAGAAGCGAGUCAAGGAGAAGAGAUCUGUGACUUCAAUGGCAGUAAAGUGCAUCUUCCAAUUGAUCUUAUAGAAUCGCCUGAGAUUUUCUCAAAGAUCGUCAGUCUAGACACCUGGAAGAAUGUCCUCACUCCUGAAAACAAAAAACACCUUGAGAAAUUUCUGCCCCAGUUACCGACAGAUUAUCCUCAUGCCCAAGAAGAAAAUCUCAGGGCUCUCUUUGAAGGAGAAAACUUCAAGUUUGGAAACCCUAUCGAAGAUUUUCAUACAAAAUUAAAAGAUGGUUAUUUUUAUCCUGAUGUUGUGGAAUACAAAAAGCUUUGCCAAAAAGCAAAGAAGAAAGAAUACAAGCUACAAUUGCAGGCGUACUACAGAAAGCUACUUCAGGAGAUCAUAGUAUCCAGACAGGAAAUUCUUGAUCAAGUAAGCAGACAAGGGCCAAAUGAUCCAAUACGAACAAGAGGGAAAGUACUCUCUGAAAAUUGGUCAUCCUUGGAGCAUGGGGUACAGACACGUUUCAAAAAAAUUAUUCAUGAAUGCAAGCAAGAAUGCGAGGAUCAAGCCAUUUCAUCAGAUGAAGAAGAAAGAUUUCUUCUCCCAGGUCCUUUCGGGUCACUUAGGUACCCGAUGCCAUUUCCUGGCCACCCAGCUGGGCUGUUUCCAGGUCACCCAGGGUAUCAUCCAAUGAUACCAUCUAUCCCUGGCAUGCCGUAUGGGUAUCCUGCCUUCCCGUUCUCAUCCCAUGCACCUCGCCCUCCUCUGACCCCUUCGAACGUCAACGUUACAGAGAAAGACUUUCAGCAAAUGCUUCAGAAACACAAGAAGAGGCGAACCUGUAACGAGGAUCACCCUGAACUAGACACAAGAUUUACUGCUUUGUCUGACAUAGUCUACAGAACUAACCCAUCAAAAAGACCUUCAACCUUUGGUAGUAAGACAAAAGAUGUUCCACAAACACAAGUUGAGAUGAACAAGAAAAAGGACAAGAAAGCCAAACUAAAGAAAAAACUAAAACAGAAACUACAACAAAAGCAAGAAAGGAAUCGAACACAAGCAAAAAAACAGGAUUCAAAGACUGGUCCUUCUGAAGCUGGUUCUACAAACUUACCACCUCCGCCAACAGGAAAGUUUUCCAGUUUCUUCAGUUUGCUAAAAGAGAUAUUCUACAGCAUGCCUGAUUAUAAAGCUAGCUUACACAAGAUUGAAGAACAAAUUGAGGCUUGGCAGUGCUCGCCAUCUGCAUCUCUGAGUAUCUGGAGUGACGACCAGUCAGACUGGGUCAAACUGGCUUACUCUUCCCUUAUGUAUAUUUCUGGAAGUUCUGGAGUCACACCAACAACGUUCGUCCCAUUGGUUGAUUUCAAAGAACGACCUCAGCAAUGGAAGUGGAUUGGUGCUUUGCGGGAUUCUGAUGAGGAGCUCACUCAGCUGUGCCAGGAUUGGCUGAAGGUGAAGGAUCAACUCUCCAUUAAAAAGGCUACUGCGGAAGGUGGAAGCACAGUCAACGCUCCUGAAGCCCGAGUGAAGACUGAUUACAUCGUAAGACCCAGCACAAGCACGGAACAAGAUAUAUUCAGAGAGCAAGAACUGAAGCGUUAUAUGAACCCACAUAAAGCUUACACCUAUCAUAUGCACGGGUUUGAGUCUGUUGUUGGUCCUGUCAAGGGAGUAUUUUCCAAGGAGACCAACUUGAACAAAGCGAGAGAACAUUCUCUUCUGGUUUCCAAUCGUCCACCUUUUGUUACCAUCCUGACACUCGUACGCGAUGCGGCAGCCAGGCUACCGAACGGAGAAGGCACACGAGCAGAGGUCUGCGAACUGUUAAAAGAUUCACAGUUUUUAAACAGAGAUGCAACAGAAGCCCAGAUCCACACUGUAGUUAGUGGUGCUCUUGAUCGCCUUCAUUACGAGAAAGAUCCCUGCGUCAAGUACGAUAGCAACAGGAAGGUCUGGAUCUAUCUUCACAGAAACAGAACGAAGGAAGAGUUUGAGAAAAUCCACCAAGCCAACGCAGCCGCAGCCAGAGCCAAGAAGAUGCAGAAACCGAGAAUGCCACGGCAUUCCAAAGCCAAGGAAGAGAGCUCUACUCSAGUAUCAGAAACAGUAGACCCAAGSGCCGCGCAAGCUGUUCCUUCCCCAGGCAGCCAAGCAGCGCCCGUACCAAGCAAACCUAUCGAAAUGAAGAAACCAGGAAUUAAGAUUAAGAUUGCUGGGAACACGAUAAGUGGUCACCCUAAAGUCUCUGUUAUAACGUCUCUCACGGGUCAUGUAGAUGAGGAAAAGACUCAUUCUUCAUGGGAAAAAGAACAAGAAGAACUCACCACUACCACCCAAUCUGGUCAAACUACACCAUCUCAGAUAGGAGCCAAAUCCAGAUUGAAUACCUCCGAUUUUAACUCUAAAUCAAGUAUUUAUUCUCAGUCAAGCGUUCCCUCCCCUGGUCUCAGACACACGAGCGCUUUGAAUUCCCAAACGAGUGCUCUAAACAGCGCCAGCUUGCUCUACGCACCAAGUGGUGACGACCCGGUUGAUGUCGUGAGCGAGACACGUGAAGAAAGUGGCAGUGAGGCAUCUGUGUCAAGCAGUAACAGUGAGAAUGAAAGCAGUAGUGGAAAUGAAAGUAGUAGUGAAGGAGAAGAAUCCGCUGAUGAGCCGACGGGAGGCAAAACAAAGCAUGGAGCACUAAAACUCCUCCAAGAUGAGCAGGAAGAUGCAGUAGACAGUCCACAAUCAACAGAGCACAGUUUUAAGCUACAAAGCCAGAAAGAAAUGGAUCCUUUCCCGCAACCGUACGGCUUUACGAAUGCGUCGAAGGAAGAUAAUGAGUCAGAUGCCGACGAACAGAAUGAAUCUGGAAGCAGUGAUG